GGUGACAUGACACCCGGAAAAUACCCAGAUGGAAAUCUAAACAGGAGCCAGGCUGCUCGAUCCAGAGAUCGGACACAUGAAGCAGCAAUGAUAAUCCGCAUGAUAAUUGUAAAAUAAUUAAACAAGUUUAGCCGAAGCUUCCUCAGAGGUCCGUAGCAAUCGGGCGAAGAACUCAGAAGUUCAGAUUAGUUGAGGCGUUCAGCUUGGAUUGGCUGAUUAGACAAUAAUUAUGAUGGAUAUGAAAAGGUCUAAUCGGCUAUGUAUCGAAUCCAGUGAUUAAUUUUAGUCAUUUCAAUCGUGUAACUUUUUUCACAUUCCCUCCAAAUACUUUUAUUUAGAGCAUUCAGAUAACGCUGAUGCGAGAGAUUGCGUCUUGGCCGGCCGGCGGCGGUGACGCGACACGUGUUAUCGACAAAUAUACAUAUCGUUUAAAAAUUGAAAUAAGGUCAAAUUAGGAAAUAUUCAGCCACCAGAGAUGCUGUUGCGGAUAUAUUCGUUGUGCAUCUUAGGAUUGGAUCUCAUGACACUCAUUAUCGGAGUGUGCUACACAAUCCUGAUCGCAGUCUACAGAAUGUUUAGACCACCACCAUUGAAAAAUAUCAACUAUGAAGUGGCUAUGGUCGUAGGUGCAGGACGUGGAAUAGGCAAAGAACUUGCUCUACAGCUGUGUCAAUUUGGUGUCGUGGUUGCUUGUGUAGACAUUAAUACAGAAACUUGCACUGCUACUGUGCAACGUGCUCAACAGUUACAUGGAAUAUGUAAAAGCUAUCAGUGCGACGUGAGAAAUAAAGAUGCAGUUGUUCAAAUUGUGAAUCUUAUUAAGAUCGAAUUAGGAAACAUUACAAUGCUUUUCCAUUGUUGUGGUUUGCCCAGCCCACGUGCAUUAAUACAAGAAUCGUCAGAAGUAAGAGACACUAUGGACUUAUCAAUCAUCAGUCAUUUUUGGUUGUUGGAUUCAGUUUUGCCAUGUAUGCGACAAGCUGGUAAAGGCCACAUUACGAUUCUUUCAUCCGUCGCUGGUCUUUCCAAUGGAUCUAGUGGUCGAGGAACCCGGGUUCCCUUAUCUACUGCACAAUUUGCUGUCCAAGGAUUAGCAGAAUCCUUGCAUAUGGAAUUAAGACAUUCAAAUAGCAACAUCAUUGUUUCAUUGGUUCAUGUUUAUCCUUUUAUCGUUGGAAUGGAAGUUGCAAAAGACAUACGUUUUAGAAUUCCGAGUUAUUUUGGUACAAUGCCUGCCGUAGAAGCUGCUAGACAAAUUUUAGAUGGUGUUCGCCGAAACUACGCGGAGUUUAGUGUACCAGGAUAUUUGCUUUAUCUUGGACAUGUACUUAGGAUUCUUCCAAAAAAGGCAUCUUUUAUGUUACGCGAUUUGUUAGACACUGGAGUUGAUUUUGCGUAA